AUCAUUGCGUCCAUUUAAACAACCAACUAUGCAAGCAAAGAACAGAACUCGACGCGACUUCAAAAUCAAAUUAUUCAACGUGUUGAGUUUAUCGACUUCUCGUUUUGAUUAACAACAUAGAAUAAGACGUAAAUUAACAUAACCCAUUAUUACAUUAUAAAAUUUCUGUCGAUUUCUGAAAUUUCGAGACAUAAAGAACAGAAGCAAUAGAAAUCAUUCAGACUUCCACCUAUCCAGUUGAGUAACUGAAAUUAUUUCACCUGCUUUGCGUGUUAUCAACUCAUCGGAGGUUACUAAUUAGUCAAAACUGAACAUGUCGCGAAAUUAUCUCGGGGAAUCAGAAAUGCGCGACUACUUUUCUCUUUUUGACACCAAAGGCGACGGCAAAAUCGCAAAGGGUGACUUCGGCACUGUCUCCCGCUCUCUGGGUGCGAAUCCGACCAACAAAGAGAUCUCCACCCUGACUAGCAACAGUGGCAAGGACAGACUCUCCUUCGAGGAUUUCUACCCCAUGUGGCAGAGUGUGAUCAAAAUGGAGGAGGAGAGGGCAGACACUUACGGACAGGACAAGAUCGUGUCUGGAUUCAGAGCGUUCGACCGCGAGGGCAACGGACAGAUCACAAUCUCUGACGUGCAGAACAUUCUAGAAAAACUGGGAGAACGGCUGUCGGGGGAGGAGUCGGGGGCCAUUCUGGGUCAGUUUGUGGACAGCGAAGGCAGAAUUGAAUACGAAAAGAUGGUGAACACGAUUCUCAACGACGACAGCCGACCAUGAAAACAUUUGAAAAAUAGGAGAUCAAAGAGAGAAAACUAAACAUUAAAAUAGAGAAUACUAACCACAAAAUCAGUCAAAUUCCAGACAACGUACUGAACGAAUAAUGGUCAACCUAUAAAAAAAAGUAACAAUGACAUCUAUGAAUUGAUUAUCUUAACUUCA